CGAGCUUCUGCGCUCCGGUGAGGCUGUGGCACUCCAAGUUGUCGUGCACCUACCAUUGAACACUAUCGCUCUGAAACAAGCAGAUACCCGCAUAUCGACCAUGUCGCAGAAGCUCAAGGUUGCCGUCUCUCAGGCCAGGACACGAGACACCCUCCAGGAGACCCUCGAGGCUCUCGAGAGGAUCACCCGUGUUGCGGCAUCCCGCGGCGCGAGAAUCAUUCUCUUCCCAGAGGGUUACCUGGGCGGAUACCCGCGAACAUGCACCUGGGGAGCGGCAAUGGGAGGCCGCGAUGACAGUGGUCGCGAGCAGUAUUUACAUUACUACCAGGCAGCCGUUGACAUGGGAGAUACGCCUGCUGGGGCGGGAGACGAUUGGGUCUCCAGACGACUGCCCAUCGCCGAAGGGAAGAAUUAUCGGGGUGACGGAACUAGAGAGGUCCUAGAACGCAUUGCUCGGGAGACGGAUAUGCUGAUCAUCGUCGGCUUGAUUGAAAGAUGUGCCGGAAGUUUGUACUGUGCCGUUGUAUACGUCGAUCCCAAGCGUGGGGUUUUGGGCAAGAGAAGAAAGGUUAUGCCAACCGGCACGGAGCGUCUCGUCUGGGCCCAGGGAUCAGCUUCGACCUUAAAAGCCGUAACCACCGAAGUCGAUGGCGUCAAGCUGACCCUCGCGGCUGCAAUCUGUUGGGAGAACUACAUGCCCUUACUCCGCCAAAGUCUCUACCAGCAAAAUGUCAAUUUAUAUCUUGCCCCAACCGCCGACGGUCGCGAUACAUGGCUCCCGCUCAUGCAGACAGUAGCAUUUGAAGGGAGAGCAGUUGUCUUAACUUGCAACCAAUGCGUUAGGAAGAGCCAGCUACCCGGCUGGGUAAAAGGUGACGAUAGCGCCCAGAAGGACAGCAGCGAUUCCGAUCCUAUCCUCACGGGCGGUGGGUCCUGCAUCAUAAGCCCGAUGGGGAAAGUUCUCGCCGGUCCGGUUUGGAACGUCGAUGAUGAUGAUGAAGGGGGAUUGCAGAUAUCUGAGGCUGAUUUCGAGGAUUGUGUAAGGGGAAGAUUAGAUUUGGAUGUUGCUGGGAGCUAUUCGCGCAACGAUGCGUUCAAGUUGACUGUUGAAGGACUCGAUUUGAGUCCUCCUCCGAUCUAAGAUGUAUUUAUACCCAUAUAAGUCUUGCUGACUGCGCUCUUGUUGGAAAGGCCAGUCGUAUUUCGAUUAAUAUGAUUAUUCGAUGACAUAGUAACAUUGUAAUAGUUUCAUAUUAAUAUAAAUUUUUGGAUUUUUCCCCAGUGUUAAAUGCUCAGCGACCUAUAUGUGAAUCCAGUUUCAUCGACAGUACCCAGAAACAUACACAUUCUCCAAAACUCCAAAGUUCACCAAAAGUGUAUGUACCGUACUCACAUGUAUCUCUACGUCAACAUAUCGUCCAGUUUCUCUCCCAAUAUGUCCUCAAUCGACAACACCCAUCUCCGCACCUCUCGCUCCACAUUUUCAUCAUCAUCCUCCAACAGUUCACUGAUAUACGGCAACAUCUCGGGUAGUAACGCAAGCCACUCCUCUCCUAAACGCUCUGUCAGUUGCUGCUCGCAUUUGACUGCAGCUAGACGCGUGUAUGGAUUGUCCGCCCCACGGGCGUUGCCAUGCCCUGCACGCAUAAACUUCAUGAUCACCGUGUUUAGCUCUUUAUGGUUAUCUGGGGAGUCAGCUGCCACAGCAAGUUCGACAAUGGUAGGAAUUGCUUCGGCAGCCACGAGAUCAAGGGUUGGGGAAUUU